AUGGCCUCGUCUUCAUACGACUAUGUAAUCGUCGGAGGCGGCGUGGCCGGACUCGUCCUGGCGUCGAGGCUCUCCAAACUACUGCCCCCAACAGAUAACAAACGAAUACUCGUGCUCGAAGCGGGCACGGACCCUUCCACCACGGAUCACAUCCUAACAAGCCAAGGCUUGCAUAUAGCCCGCGAAUCGCCUCAUUCCUAUCAGCUCUCCAUCUCGCCCAACCGCCACCUCAACGGACGAGGCGCGACUGUGCCGGUCGGCAAAGCGCUGGGUGGAAGUGCGGCGAUCAAUGGAGGUGCCUGGACGAGGGGACCGAAGAGCGACUAUGACCUGUGGGCCAAGAUAGUCGGCGACGACAGCUGGGGGUAUGAUGCGCUACUGCCAUAUAUGAGAAGGGUGGAGAGCAUGGUUGUGCUAGAGGGCGUGGUGGAGAAGGAUGAAACCCAGCAUGGAUACGAUGGACCCUUGAAGCUCACUCCGAUACGAUCGCUGUGGCCGGCAAGAAAGUAUCCACUCAGGGAGUCCGUCCAAAAGAUGUGGGAGGAAGCCGGGGUCAAGUACAUCCCUGACGGCAACGCGGGGGAUCAGAAUGGACUGGUCGAAUUUGUCGAGGUCUGGGUCAACAGCGCCAGACAGCUGCCGAGCAAGAUACUCGAUCUGACGAAGGUGGAUGUUCGAACCAUGAGUACGGUGCAGCGAGUCACUUUUGGGAGUGUCCAAGGACAAGACCAACCCGUUGCCAAUGGCGUUGACCUGGUCGGCGGCGAGCAUGUCGUCGCGAACAAGGAGGUCGUUGUCUGCGCCGGCGCGUAUCAUACCCCUCAAAUCCUCAUGCUCUCCGGUGUCGGUGACCCUGCUGAGUUGGCAAAGCACGGCAUAAAGACCAUUGCCUCGAAUCGCGAGGUGGGAAGAAACCUCGCAGAUCACUUGGGCAUGGGAAUUACCUGGAAAUUGAAACACCCUGAAAAGGGUUUGUCCAUCGGAUCGCCUCUAUUCGUCGAUCCUUCAUAUUUUUCCGGCUGGCCAAUGGAUUUUAUCGAGUUCGGAGCCUUGGAUGAACUGGCAAGACUGGAACCUUUGAUCAAGACCCAGGAAGACCGAGAUUUGCUGCUUAGACCAGAUGCUUCGCACAUGGAAAUUGCCACGCUGUACGCGGCCAUGGGGAAGAGAUUCACGGGCCUUGACGCACCACUCGAUGGGAGCUAUAUUAGCACCGUGGUUGCAUAUCUGACGUCCACAUCCAGAGGUUCCAUCACUCUGCGGUCAGCGAGCGUCGAGGAUCCGCCUGUGAUUGACACGAAUUUAUUCGACACGGAUGCGGACAGAUUUGGCACACGAGAGUCGCUUCGAAAGGCUGCAUCAGUCCAUCUCGAAACCGAGGCUGGGAGAUCCUUCAUAUCUCAUGAAGUUGCCCCAGAGGGCUACGCGUGUAUCACCAAGGCCACCACGGACGAGGAGAUAGACAAGCGAAUCGCCGAGUUUGGAUACAGUUUUGAUCAUCCAAUGGGUAGCUGUGCGAUGGGAAAAGCAGUCGAUAGCCACUGUCGCGUGAUAGGUGUUAGAGGCCUGAGGGUUGUCGAUGCGAGUGUCUUCCCGGUCCCGAUGGCGUGUCAUCCUCAGUCUGUGGUUUAUGCGACAGCUGAGAGGGUCGCGGAUUGGAUUGGUAACGGGGAUUAG